GGUGGAAAUCAGCAGUACAGACUUAUGAAAACCAAAAGGAAGACAUAUUAAAGAAUUAUUCAUGUUUAACAAAGGAUGAUUUGGAGCAUAUAAUUAAGGUGUAACGCAAAGGAUCUUUGCUUUGCCCUAGAAAACAAAAAUGAAAUGCAUAUUAAAACAAAAGCUAUGACAGUGGGGUAUUUUAAAUCUACUCUUAACCUCAUUGUAGUGCUAUGCUAUGAUUAGUUUAUUUGAAUGCUAAUGUGGUUAUGUAGCAGCUGUGCACUUUGGUGGUGCUAGGCUAACCAAUUAACCAACGUAUCUUAGCUCUCUGUGCAGUUUGUUCGUGCUAGGUAAGUAACUAACGUUCACUUUAGCUAACGUCAGCUACUAUAGAUAGCGGUGUUGUGCAACAGUAAGCUAGCUUCAAUUUAAGCCAACAUUAGACGACAACUAACGUUAGCUAAACACAGCGGUCUAGGCGCCAAUAGCUACCUAGCAAAAACAAACUGCACGGAGAGCUAAGAUAGUUAGCUAGCACCACCAAAGUGCACAGAGCUCAAGCUACACUACACAAACAUGUAAUUAUUUUAGCCAACGUUAGUACUUGUUAUUUUCUCCUUCACGAGUGAAAAUGGGGUGCCUCCGCUUCAUAAGCUCCGACAUUGCUGUUGUGCUGGUGUGGUAUGCCAACUCCAUUUGGCAAAGAGCGCAAAUAACGACACCUUUACGUUUGGGACUAAAUUUGAAGUAUUCCCAUACCAAUGUUUUGGUCUCCCACGUGUGUGUGGCGAGCUGCUGCGAAGCGUCGACGCAAAAUAUGACGUCAACAAUUUUUUACCGUUCGUAAUCACACAAGCAGUCAGAGAACAAUAAAGCGUUUGUAUCCACUCUACAAAACCCCGGCCUAAUUUAAAUUUGUCCAGAACCUCAAACAUGUAAACCCAUUCUAUGCGAUCAAACACCUUUUCUGCAUCUAAGGAGAUGGCAAGAACCCACGUUUUGAAAAUUUGUGAAAACAGUAUUACAUAUAAUAAUCUCAUGAUGUUAGAAUAACACCAUCUCUGACGAAUAAAGCCUUUCUGGUCUGGGUGUUAUAACUUAGGAAGGUAUUAGUCAAGUCUCUUCGCUAAGAUCUUAGACAGCAACUUAAAAUCCACAUUUAUCAAGCAAACCGGCCUGUAUGAACCGUAUUCGUCAGGAUUUUUUUUUUUUGGAUAAGUGGAAUAUAGGCCAUCUUCAACUUAUUGAAGAGACUGCCCUUCUCAAUUGAGUCCAUGUACAAGUCUGUUAAUUGUUCUGAAAUAAAUGUGCACAUUUUCUUGUAAAAUUCUGCGCCAAACCCAUCAGGGCCUAGGGCUUUCCCACCCUUUAAGGAUUUUAUUGCUUCCACCACCUCUUCCUGUGUAAUUAGUCUAUCCAGGUCUGCCCUCUGAUUCUCAGUUAGGCAAGGGAGGUUAGUCUGUUCUAAAAUUUCUAACAAAUUUCGGGUCACUCAGCAGAAAUGGUUGAAAACGCCAGUGAAGGGAGGCAGGGUCAUAGUAGGGUGUGGAAAUGAAUGCCCAAACUGGGUUGUGAUCCGAUAUAGAGCACACGCCAGUGUCACACCAUUUUACUCCGUCCAACUUUUGCCUGGAAAUAAGUAGAAAGUCUAUUCUAGAGGACAUCAUAUGCUGACGAGAAUAAAAUGUAAACUCUCUAUCUUUUGGGUUUAUGACUCUCUAUGUAUCAAAUAGGCCCAAGUCCUCACAAAGUUGCUUCAAUCUAGUGGUUUGUCUCGAAAUAGGUGUAUGUUUAGGUGGGCUUAGGUCCCAUUCGGGAUUGACAACACAAUUUAAAUCUGCCCCGAGAAGUAUUCAACCAACUGAAAAUGAUGAAAUAUCAGCAAUUAAAUCAGAAAAAAAGCUGCCAAACAAAAAUGAAACGUCCCCUCCCAUCUCUCUUCAUGUCCUCAAGUUUGAAAUUUAACUUCUUAUGAAUCAGGAUGGCUGUCCCCCCUACUGUGAGAAUUAACAAAGAGAAAAAUACCUGACCGACCCAACCUCGCCUGAGCUUUCCUGAAGGAAAGCAAUCUGAGCCUGUUCUUUUUUGUACAUCCCGCACUUGGAUGUACUGCUGGCGGAGUUUCUUUACCUUAACCCGGCACUGUUCCACAGAUCCGUUAAAUCCCCUUCCCUGAGUUGUUUGCUAAACCAUGAAAAUAUCUUGCUGCUCGUGAGUUUUCGAAAGUUGGGAUGUAAUAGGAAUGUGCACGAAUGUUCAAAUAUUCGAUCUACGAUAACUAUAAAAAAUUAAAAUAUGCUAUUCAAAUGUAUUUUUCAUAUGAAUAAAAACUGUGUAACCACAGGGAUAAGUUUCCGCUACAGAAGACCUUAGAGUUCUCACAUCUUAUUUAAUGCUUCUUCAAUUAUCUGUAAUGAUUUUAUAAUAUACAAUUUUUUUUUAUGUUUUCCUUAACCUUUGUUCACUCAGAUCGCAAGCUAGUUUUAAUAUAAGUUUACACACCGGAUGCCUUGUUCUCAUGUUAUGCUCAACUCACAUAUUAAAAGACUGGUGAGACACAGAGUUUGUUAAUAUUACUUACAUUAGGUAUAAAAAUACCAACGUAAUAUUAGAUGAUUAACAAUAAUUAAUUUAUUACCAUAACUUGUUGGGAGCGGUUGUUCUUGGUAAAGUAGUAUUCAUUUAUUAAAAAUAUAUUAAGUAAUGCUAAUUUCAACAACUUGAAACAUGAAAAUUUACAUUUCACUGCAACUAUUGUUUAUUAGUUUACCUUUUCCAAUUCUAAAUCCUGAAUUUUCCUUUUAAGAAGUUUAAAUAUGGUCUCGCCUUGAAGUUACAGCCUGUAAAUAAAUUUAAUUGGUUGCAUAAUCAACAGGGAAACAAGGAUUACAAUGGCUUCGUCUUUGUUGCGGGGUAAAUUUUAGGAUCUGAAAAGUCUGUAUCAAGGAGGUAUCAAGCCUGUUUACUUAAUGUAUUAUCGACAUUAUAAACAAUAAAGCCAGAUAUUCUUGUCAGAUGGGUUUUGUUAGAUUCGCACCACAACAAACCUUUUAACCACCAACAAAAGACUUUAACAAAAGACGCAUAUGAGAAAGGAACUCCGUAUGACGUUCUGUGCAAGCGCUGGAAAGAUGUAACUGAUUCAGUGACAUUUAAUCUGGCCAAAGACAUGAUUCCCAUAAAGACUGUGAGCAGUCUUUUAAAGCCCUCAUUUUCCAAAGUCGUAGAUCCACAUUACGAAAUACCCAGCCGCAAAUAUUUUUCUUCCAAGGCCAUUACACAGCUUUAUUCCGAGUGCCACAGCAAGAUGCAAAACAAAAUUAAAAACUUAAAGUAUUUUGCUACAACAGCUGAUUUAUGGUCUUGCUGUACGUCAGAGUCUUAUUUAAGUCUGUCUAGAAACAACAUAUUUCCUCAAAACCAUACUGGCAAGCUUAUAGCGCAAGGCUUUAGGGACCUGCUUGAAUGUUGGGCACUGAAAGAAGCAAACAUGACCUGUAUGACGACAGACAGCGGGGCCAAUAUGGUGAAGGCAUUGGAGCUCAACAGCUGGACUCGUCUGCAGUGUUUUGGGCACAGACUCCACCUAGCCAUCGGUGAGAGAAACUAAAAAUAAAUAUUGGCUCUUCCAUUCAGGAGAUUGUUUGUAAUAAUAGAUAAUUGCAAAUUACAUUAGGAACAUUGAACAGCAAAAUUAUGAGUUUAGUUUGCAAUAAUAAUUGCCCUGUUAUAUGUAAUUGUUUUGUCUUAUGUAUGUAUAAAACUUUUUUGUUGAACAUCUGUUUGGUUUCAAUAAAAUAAUAUAAUUUUAUAAUAUAAACAUUUGUAAAUAAAAUUUUACAUUGUGCAUUAGGUUAAAUCAAAUUAAUACAUUAUUCUUUUUUAUUAGAAAAAAGUGCCAAAGACCCUCGCGUUGAACGCAUAACAUCAGUCUGCAAGAAAGUCGUCAGUACAUUCUCCUUCAGCUGGAAGAAAAAGAUGGACUUAAGUAAUGCUCAAACUGAGCUAAAGCUACCUCAACAGAAGCUCAUCACAGAGUCCCCAACACUAUGGGGUUCGAGACUCAACAUGAUCGAGAGAGUGCUUGACCAGGAAAAGCCCAUUUCUCAGGUCCUGAAGGCAGACAAGAAGACGAGGCAUUUGGUCCCGUCAUGGCAAGAUGUUGACGUGAUUGAGUCUGUGAAAAAGGCAUUGAGUCCACUGAAAGACUUUACUGAUGCACUCUCAGGUUGUAGCCCAGGCGGCUGGAAAAGGUGUGACUGUAACAGGAGGAAAACAAUUCAACAACUGGAAUUGGGAGAACGCUGUUAUUUUUGCUGCCACAGUCAUUACUACCAUAGGUUAUGGCAAUGUUGCUCCGAAGUCAGCCGGAGGUCGUGUGUUCUGUAUUCUGUAUGGGCUUUGUGGCAUUCCAUUGUGCCUCACAUGGAUAAGUGAGUUGGGCACUUUCUUUGGUGGCAGAGCAAAACGCCUAAGUCAGGUGCUUCUCCACAAAGGCCUUAUUGCGAAAAAAGUUCAGUUUGUAUGCACAGCUAUAUUCCUUUUAUGGGGUUUUUUGGUUCACCUGAUCAUCCCAUCCUUCGUGUUUAUGUGCUUCGAGAAUUGGACUUACUUAGAAGGCCUCUACUUCUCCUUUACCACCAUGACCACUGUGGGUUUUGGAGACUAUGUAGCAGGUGUGAACCCAGAAAUAUCCUACCCAGCUCUUUACAGAUUCUUUGUGCAGCUGUGGAUUUGCUUGGGACUUGCCUGGUUGUCUCUGUUCUUUAGCUGGAAUGUACAUAUGGUGGUUGAGGCUCAUAAAGUUCUCAAGAAAAGAAGAUUAAGACGUCACAAGGUCUCCAUUGAUGACAUUCCUGAAACCAAUGUAGAGGUAAAAAAAGCUCCAAAACCACUCCCUCUCUCUGGCGUCAUUGACAUCUUUCAAUUCAUGUCUGAGAAGGUUGAGGACUACAGUGAUGUCAUCCAAGCUAUUGGAGCAGAUGAGAAGAUGAGGAAGAAAAAACAGGAAGAAGAACUGUCUCGAUCCAAGAGCUGCAGUGACCUUUUGCACGGCCUGGUGAUCCCACUUGAACAUUCUCCUCGUCUGAAACGCCGGUUCAGUAUAAGCGCAAAUAUGUGCAUGGUCACAUCUGAAGAACCAACAGAUGAUCUCAACAAAAAUCUAGAGGAACAGAAACAACUAAUGGAAAACCAUAGUGAUUCCAUGCUUAGUCAACAAAUACCUGAAUCCCCAUCAAUCUUUCGAAGUCCUGUCAAAAGCCGUACUAUUACUAUUAAUUAUGGUGACUCAAGGUUUUCAGUGUCAAAAGUAUCAGAAGAUCAUAUAUUAGAACAGAGAAAAAGUAUUGACUUUACCCAGUCUAAACCGUCCAAUUAAUGAAGUUCUGUUUGAAGUCAUGAAUUUCCAAUUGUGAAGAUUAUUUGCAGAACAUCUGGAGAGAAGAACUUAAUACAGGAACCUUAUAAAUUACCGUUGAUAACAUUUUUACAUCACACUGUGAUGAACGGUCAGGUUAGGCACACUGGGGAAAAGGGAGCUCAAGUCAUACUCAAAUUGGUAAGAAUUUUGGUCUGAGGUUGCGGAUUCACAGGUUUUCAAAUGAUUACUAACUUUUUGGAUAUGGAGGAUUUGUUACGAGACAAACAACUUACUGGUUAUGGCUUUUGCUCAUUUUAACAUGUUUGUAUGUCUUUUAUCCUACUGUAAUAAACUUUUUUUAUCAGAUAUU